AUGACAUUAUUAAUACCUAUUAUUUUUAAGCACAAUGAUUUUUAUGUCAUUAUUAAGAAAUUAAAGUAAAAAUUUCUAUUGGAUAGGAGAGCAUAGAAUAUAAUUGAGCUGAUCAAUUUAUUAAAAAACAUUUUAGUAAUUUCUCAUAUAUUUGCAUGUAUUUGGCUUUUUAUAGGAUUAAGAUCUGAAGAGAUUUACAAUUAAAGUGAUAAUGAUAGUAAUAUACAACAGCCUAUCAGUUGGCUUGACCUUGUAAAUGUUACAAAAUCUGAAUGGUACGUUUAAUAUUUGAACUCAUACUAUUUUAUUGCAGUAACUAUGAGCACAGUAGGAUAUGGAGAUAUAAGAGCAACGAAUCCUAUUGAAGUUUUAGUGGCAGUGUUUUUCGUUAUGACUUGCAGUGUAAUUUAUGGCUUUACGCUGAAUAGCAUAGGAGAGAUUUUUUAAGAUUUCUUUUAAUUUGAGAAAUAGAUCCAAGAAAAGAGGUAUGUAAUCGCUAAUUACAUGAAUAAAUACAAUAUAACAUAAGAAACAAGAUAAAGUAUAUUUGAGUACUUAGAGUAUUACUGGAAAGAUAAAAUCAAUGAAAAUACACAAGAAGAAAAUAAUAUAAUCUCUUAAUUGUCUGAUAAUCUAAAAGAAGAUCUUCUUAUUUAAUCUAACAGGCUAAUCUUUAAAGAAAAUAGAGUCCUUAAAGAUAACUUUAGCCAUGAAAUUUUAACUAAAUGUCUCCCUAUCAUUUAGGAAAUAAGGUUUACCUAAAAUGAAGUCAUAAUAGAUGAAUAAAAUGGAAACUCAGAUUGUAGUAUUUACUUUAUUUUAUAUGGAGAAGUAGAAGUUAUCCAUAGGCAAAGUAAUUUAAGUACAUUUACCUCCUUUCCAACAAAGCAGUUAAAAUCCUCAAGUAUUAAAUACAAGCAGAUAUCAGUCUUGAGCAAGGGCGAAUCAUUCGGAGAGAAAUCAUUUUUUACAGGCUAGAAAAAAAGCUUAACAUUUAGAAGCAAGAGUUUUAGCAAAUUAUUAAAAAUAAAGAGAGAAGAUUUUAUCAAUAUUUUACAAGGAGAUUAAGAACAAUUUGAAAUAUUUUGCUCUAUAAAUGAUAGGUUAACUUUUUCCACAAAUCAGGGCUGCUUAUAGUUAUAAUGCUAGUCUUGUAAAGAUAAUACUCACGAUAUGAUAUAAUGCCCAUUCUUGCACUUUGUUCCUAGAAAAUUGAAGCUCCUUGGCAAUAUAAAGAGAUCAGAACCGCAUCUCAAUAGAAUGAUUUAUCAGAACAGAAGAAACUAUAAAUUGGCUGCUCUUGAAAAUAAUAAUUUAAUUUAAUCAUGCUGUGCUGAAUUUUUUGAAAAUAAUUAAGAAGAUAUAACUUAAUAUGAAAAUUAAUACCACACAUUUAGAUAAUUUUUAGGUUCUAGAACGUUAUUUAUUAGUGAUGAAGAAAUAGAUUAAAAUCCUAGAUCUCUAAAGGAAAGUACAAAGGAAAAGAGACGAACCACAUCUGACUUUUCAGAUUCUUCACAAUUAAGUUAAAGCAAAAAAUUUAACUUUCCUAGGAAAAUAGGCUUUUAAUUAAAUGGUAGUGGAAACAAUUAAACAGGGAAUGCUAGUACAAAGGAUUAGUUUUAUUAAGAAUUUUGUCACACACUAGAUGAGCUUUUCUUUAAUACUGCAACUUUGUUGAAUCCUCACAUCAAUAGAGCUGCUGUAACUAAAGAUCUAGAUGCAAUAGCCAAACAAAAUUAAGAAACUGAUACUAAGUAAGAUACUGCUUCUACUUAAAAUUCUACUGCAUUAAUUGAAAAGUAAAUAUAGUACUCUCGAUAGCAGUUUUUGAGAUUAUAGUUGCUAAAAGAAGGAUAGAAAGUUUAAUUUAGUGAAAAAGGAGGAAUGCAAUCAUAAAAAGAAAAGACAUAAUAGUCUUUUUAAUUAUUAAAGCAAGAUUAUACGGAGUAUGAUUUGUUUGGAGGUGAAUUUGAAAAAAUGGCCACUUUUAGUAAAUAUUUCCCAAAAUAUAACUUUAGGAAUGUGAUUGGUAGCAUAAACAAGAUAAAGAAACAUAGAAGUUAUAUAAAAGAUAGUGUUCAUGUUAAUACAUCAAGAAGGAUAAAUAGAAAUAUAUAGACAGUAAUCAAUAGGGACAUUAAUACAAGUAGAUCACUUUCUAGACUGAAAAUUAAAAUAGAUACUCCAACUUCACGAGAGAACACUCUGAUAAAGCAUAUUAAUUCGCAAUAAAACGGAACUAGUUUUAUUAAUAGCAGUAAUAUUAAGUUAAAAACAAGUUAUCUACAUAGCUUAUCUGCUUCUAGUUAAAAUGAAUCUAAUGUAGAUGUAGUAGUCAUAAAAAAUUAACAAAUUUGCGAUGAACCAAGUACUCCUGUGCAAAAUGAACAUUAAAACUCAAAGCAAGAGAUAUAGUCUCUAAGACAUUUCAAAACAUAACAAUAUUUUAAUUUAGAUGACACAUAACUAAACUCAGUCAGAAAAGAUAAUAUUGAAAUCAGUACACACCCUAAUUAUUUAUCAAAACUAGAAGAAUAAGCAUAUGAAUGA